UAACCACAAUAUAACUAUAUUCAGGCUGUCAGGCGCAUUCCUUAUUAAGCAGCGCAUAGCUAUCAGUGUCAUCAAAAUUUCAAAUUUCAUUAAAACUAUUUUUACCUGGUGUGGUUUAGUUUGUUUUCAAAAUUUUUAUGUGUUUUCUCGUCGCAAAUGCAUUUUUGCUUUGAAGAACUGUCAACGCGUGGAGGUGGUAUUAAAUCAUAUGUGACCGGUGUAUUGCCUUAAGCAAGCAAAAUAAGAGCGAAAAAUAAUUGUGAAUAUCCAUGAAAUGAAAUUGCGUUGCAAUAUUUGCUUUAGUGGCUGAAUUCAAGUGCAUAAAUAAAAUAAAAAUAAAAUAAAUUCUCUUGUGUGCUAAAUAUAAAUUGUUGCAAUCAUGGAUAUCAUACAAGAAAUGCGGGAAUUGGAUCGUGAACCGGACACGCCAAGUGUCGCCUUAACCGCGUCUGCCACAGCGAGAACCACAACCAGUGUUUCCGCUCGUGUUAUCGCCGUUAAUCAUACUCAAAAUACGAAUAUUGUGAAUUCCAACACAUUGACAAAGAAAGCCAGUAGUAGUAGUCUUACGAGCAAUAUUAGUAAGACUUAUUAUAAUACAACAACUAGCGUGGUAACGCGUAAGCGUGGCGGUCUGGCUAUCGCCAUCAAACGGCAGGACAGUUUAGAUCCUUAUGGCAACAAUAACAACCACGAUCGUAGCAUCUCACGCCAGUCUUCCUAUUCCAUACCAUCCACGCCAGUAACACCGCCCGUGCCCACACUACGACGUGGCUUAUCGGUGCGCAUUAGUGAAGCCUCGACAGCAAUUUGUGUUGGUAACGACGAUAACGCGACUGAAGUGGCAGCGGUAAAACGUCAGCCGUUGACGUGUUUGGAGCGCUUUCGGGAAGGUAUCUUGCGAUUUUUUGCCAAAAUCAUGGGCAGCCGCACGCCCAGCGAGGCAGAUGGAUAUGAUUACUAUGACUGUAAGUGA